AUGACUACAUCGUCUGAACUUCCCGAUGGAUACCCGGCCGAAAUUACCGGGUACGCGGAACCUUGGAUUUCCAGCCCUGGCGAUUUGGUCGAAGUUAAGUGCCAUCUUGUAGAGGCAAAGCAUCCCCAAGCAAUUUUCUCUACCCUCGAUGUUCAAAUGCGGAAUGGCUACGCUGUUAUGCUUACUUCCAAGGGCUUUCUUGAGUUCUGGAUAGGGACUGGUGACACAGUCAUGGCCGUAUUAACAGGCUUUAAGCCAGAGCGACGGCGAUGGGUAAAGCUAUCCUUUACCUUACAGGGUGAUGAACUUAGCUAUGAAGUUUGUCCCCAGUCUUUCUUUUCGGAUAUUCCUCAACCCAUAUGCAAGAGCAGCAGCAACCUUGGGCAGGCUAUAGAUAUUUCUAUGCCCUGCACUCUUGUAUUUGCUGCAACCUUUGCGUUAUGUCCUGAUAAAACAUCCACUGUUCCCGCGAAUCACUUCAACGGCCGUCUAGAUAGUCCCGUCAUGAAAUCAACUGGCACUGGCGAGUCGAUCCUCGCUGAAUGGGACUUCUACCAUGGGAUGGCUGGUGACAAAAUCUUCGACGUAUCUGGAAACGACGCACAUGGGCGACUGAUCCAUUGUCCGACAAGGGCAGUCACAGGAUAUAACUGGGAUGGGAUGGAGUCUGACUGGACUAAGGCAAGUCAUAGUUAUGGAGCUAUUCACUUCCACGAAGAUGAUCUCGAUGACGCAUGUUGGGACACAAACUUCUCUGUUACACUUCCUGAGGCCCUUCGAUCUGGUGUAUACGCUGUUGAGGUAGAGUCAGUCAAUGGUAGUGCUAAAGAUACCAUUCCUUUCUUUGUCCGACCUACAAAAACAACAAGCCAACAGUCAGGGGCUGAGGUUGCGUAUAUUCUUUCCACCUUUACGUAUCUUGCGUAUGCAAAUGAACACGUUUAUGACAGAGCCCAUGUCAAAGAUAGAGUCUCUUCAAGGUACAAGGUUAUACCGGAUGAGCAUGCAGAAAAGACAGUACGUCGAAACGACUUGGGGUUGUCCACUUACGAUCUCCACAACGACAGUUCUGGCGUGAUCUACUCGACUUCCAAGAGGCCUAUCAUGAAUAUGCGUCCAGACUACAUAAGCUGGAACUUACACAGACCUCGUGGCCUGAGCGCCGACUUGUUUAUGCUCGAGUUUCUAGAAAAUAGCGGUAUCGCAUAUGAUGUGGUCUGUGAUCAUGAUAUACACACUUUUGGACAUGAUAUCAUAAGUCGGUAUGGCACUAUCAUAACUGGGUCCCAUCCGGAGUAUCAUACUGCAGAAAGCUUCAAAGCCUAUAUAGAUUUCAUUCGAGCUGGAGGUAAUGUCAUGUACCUUGGCGGUAACGGAUUCUACUGGUCUAUCGCCACUACAUGUGAGAAUUCUCAUCGAGUGGAAAUUCGACGAGGCGGAGAAGGCGUCAGAGCAUUCACUUGUGAGGGAGGAGAUCUUGUCUUCAGUAGCAACGGUCAGUCAGGCCUUUUGUGGAGAUCCCGCGGUCUGCCCUCCAACUUCUUGUUUGGGGUUGGAAGUUGUGCUGCAGGUCCAGGUCCAGGAGUGCCAUAUAAGCGAACAGAUGCCAGCAAAGAGAGUACAUUUGCUUGGAUGUUCGAUGGCAUAGGAGAAGACGAGCUUCUUGGAGAACAUGGGUUUGGAGGUGGUGCAAGCGGCGACGAGAUUGAUAAAUGCGACUACGGAAUCGGGAGUCCUCUCAGUACCGUUAUUCUGGCAACAAGCACAGGGCAUUCCGACGACUUCGCCGUGUUCCCUGAGGACGUGACUAUCCCUUUUCAGAACGUACUUGGCACACAGACUAGGGAGAAUAUCUCUUUGACACAGUCAUACCAUGGUGUUGAGAAAGGCAGAGACAGGAACUUGGCUCCCUACGUACUUUCCAAAUUCUUCGCCUAUGGUAGUAUCUCUCCUUAUGGCGUGUUCCGUGGCUAUAUCGAUUCCUAUACAGAAUAUUUCAACCUCAACGAGACAACUAUGGGUGUAAGCUCCGCGGCCAUCUUCAUAGGCGGUUGUCUAGCACCAGCCUGUUCUGGUGUCUUCUGUGACCGCAUGGGUCGACGCCCAGCCAUAUUCUGGGGCUCUGUUAUCGCGAUAGCAAGCAUGGCUCUUCAAAGUGUUUCUCAAAACCUUGCCAUGUUUAUUAUUGCUAGAGUGCUGAUUGGCUUUGGAGUUGCACUUGCAAACAUAUCCAGUGGAACGUAUCUCUCUGAAACCUUUCCAAGUGUAUGGAGAUCAUGGGGUAUGAGCAUGUUGAAUAACUUUUAUUAUGUUGGUGCACUUAUCAUUGCGGUGGUGACGCUGUAUACCAGUUCCCGGGACUCAACCUGGGCCUGGAGGACUCCGUCCAUCGUCCAAGCUAUCUUUUCUGUGCUCGCUAUCUUGAUCCUACCUUUUGUUCCUGAAUCUCCCCGCUGGUUGACGCAUUACGGCCACCAUGAGGCAGCGCGAUUCUCGGUCGCUCUGGUAGCCUCCAAUGGCGACAUCGAGGACCCAGUGGCAAACAUUCUGUACGAGAAGAUCGUCCAGGGGUCUACUGUAUUGGAGCAAUCCACGAAGUCAAAUAUGUCAUUCUGGGGUAUGAUUAAAGACGCUGCACCCAGGAGACGUCUCUUGAUCAGCGCAUCAGUGGGAACCUUCUCAGCUAUUUCCGGAAACAUCAUCGCGACAUUCUAUCUAGGAACUGAGCUCAAGACAGCAGGUAUCACAGACAUCAGAAGUCAACUGAAAGCUACCAUUGCACUGAAUGCAUGGUGUUUCCCUUGCGCCCUAGUCGGAACACAUGUAAUAUCCCAAUGGGGCCGCAAGUCAACUGCCGCCGUAACAGAGACAUUCCUUGUUAUAUGUCUUAUAAUCAUUGGAAUCCUAUCCAAGGUUUACGUCGACGAUCCAGCAGAUGCCUCAAAAGCAUUGAUCUAUGCCAACGUAGCCGUUAUGUUUCUGUUCCAAGGCAUUUAUUCCGUGGCCUGGACACCUUUAUUUACUUUAUACACGCCCGAGAUCGUCAAUUUCUCUAUAAGGGCUUACACUGUUGGUACUUCACAACUUGCCUUAAACACAUCGAGUGCUGUCUUUGUUAUCAUUAUGCCCAUCGCCUUCAAGAACAUAGGAUGGAAGGUGUAUAUCAUCAACGAGUCAUGGGAUGUUCUGGUAGUAGUGCUAAUUUUGAUCUUUUGGGUCGAGACGAAAGGAAAGACGUUGGAAGAGAUUGAUUCAGUCUUCGACACAAAAACACGUAAUGGGAAAAUGGGAGGUACAACUACUGCGGCCCAGGCCGCUCAGCUGUCUGUUGUAUAA